UAUUAUUUUUGGAUGGUUUAAAUAACGAAGUAUUUUUCACUGGGGUGAAAUACCUAGCCAGUGGCGUCAUAUCUAUUUUUCGAAUAUAUGCCGAGUGAAAAUGAAGCGCAACAAUAAUUCAUGUUAACAAAAAUAUGAAUUGGGAGUUAAAAAGCCUAAACCGAGGGAACUUGAAGUUUAAGAAUCAGUAUAUAUAUUGAAAGAAGACCAGUUAGAAGAGAGUAGUCAAAUCGUACAAGCACAGAGCGAAAAAAUUCCAAUGAGGGGAUAUCCAAUAAGAAAAAAUAUGAAAGAAAACCGCAAAGGAGUAUUGAGGAACAACAACUUUGACAAAGCAAACAAACAAAUUGCAAGAACUCUUCAACAGACAGGCUGCCUUGAGGUGAACCAGGAUGCUCUCUGUCUACUUACCCAGUGGAUUGAUUAUGUAAGGGAACUAAAAAGUGAAAAUGCAAGAAUGGAAAGAUUGGAGAAAAGACGUUCCCAGAUAGAAAACAUCUAUCAAAAAAUGAACAAACGGAUAGAGGUGCUAGAAAAGCAAUGGAAUUUUUUGUGGAAAGACGAUCAAUGCAUGAAAGAAAGUCUUUAGAAAGUUUUUGCAUUUCAAUUCGAAAAAAAACCAUUCCAUUUUGAUUGAUAUUUCAACUAAGACCUAGAUGACUUCAUGCAGUGAAAGUGUAUUUGUUAGAAAUACUAAAUCAAAAUGUAAAUCACUCUUAAUAUAAAAUAAUAAUUUCACGUUUAUAAUCUUAACUUAAUCAAUUCUUUUUUUUUAUAGUGAGUUACUAAAAUUAAAAGGGAGCACACAAGUUAAACAUUACACAUAUAUUUCGCGACCUUCUUGUUGAAUUUACAAACUCAGAGUAUAAAUAUGAUUUGAUGUUAAACUGAAAAAUUUAAAUGAUUUGUAUUUACCAGGAGUAAGACCUUGUGCAUGGUGUCCAUCAUAUAAAAAUGAUGAAUAUUUAUGAUUUCGCUAAUAGUAUUAAACAUGGAUAAAUAAAAGGAAAAGAUAACAGUACUAUUUCAUAAGUCAAUUUAUUUUAUAAGUCAAUAAGUCAAGUAUCAUCUUAGCUAGCGAAGAAAUUUGUGUCUUUUCAAUUUCCAGAUGGUAAUGAAAUGUUUACAAAACCCUUGGCUAGCGACGAUGAUCACGAACAAAUAAAUUGACGCAAAGAAAAGGGAACAAUGAAAAUUGCAGUUGCGUUCAUUCCUUGUCUUUAUACAUUAAAAUCUAAUUCAUUUUUAUCAAUUAAACUAUUUAAUAAAGAAUUUCUAUUCAUUGUUUUACAAAAUCCAUUUACUAAAAUAGAAUUAUAUAUUCAUAUUUUUUAAAUUAUUUAUUCAAGUUUAAUUUUCAAAUUUAUUUACUUAAAUAAACUAAGAUUAAUUAAUAUAUUUUAUA